AUGGCCGACCAACAUCCCACAUAUUUAGAACCGAGUGAGCUCGGCACCAAGGACUACUGGGAAACCUACUACGCGCGAACCCUCUCGCACCUCUCCACCAAACAACCCGCUCCGGCCGUCGCGUCGUCUUCCUCGACCAACAAACCCACCCAGACCCAGACCCAGACCCAAGCCCUCUCCUCCUCCGACGAGGAAACCGACGACGACGAUGAAGUAGACGACGACUCCGACCCCGGCACCUCCUGGUUCUCCGAACACAACGCCCCCGAAAAGGUCCUGGAUUUCCUCACCGACGAGGCCUUUCCCCUCGCGCCGUGCAACACGCUUCCUGGGCGUGGGCAGCAACAGUUGCCGCCGCACCAACCCUCCAUCCUCGACCUGGGCACCGGCAACGGCAGCAUGCUGGCGCUGUUACGGAAACGCGGGGGUUUUCGGGGCGAGCUAGUCGGCGUGGAUUACUCGGCGCAGAGCGUGGAGCUCGCGCGCCGGUUGCAGGCGUUGCGGAUCCAUCGGGCUUAUCUUUCGGAUUCUGAUGAUUCUGGGGAUGAGGAUGAGGGGGAGGGGGAGGCGCACGGCACAGGGGCAAAGGGGGAGGGGCCGGAGAUUCGGUUUGAGGAGUGGGAUAUCCUCUCUGCUUCUGAGGGUGAGGCUAGUGUGGUCGCUGAUGGGUUGGGGUGGUUCCCCUACGAGCAGCGCGGGUUUGAUAUCGUCUUGGAUAAGGGGACGUUUGAUGCGGUUUCUUUGUCGGCGGAGGUGGGGCAGGGGGAAGGCGAAGAGAGGAAGCGGGGAAAGAUGGUGCAGAGGCGCGUCUGUGAACGCUACCCCGGGAUUGCGCGGGGGUUGGUUCGUCCCGGCGGGUUUCUUGUGGUCACGAGUUGUAAUUGGACUGAGGAGGAGUUGGUGGAGUGGUUUACUGCUUCUGCUUCUGAUGCUGCUGCUGCUAUCUCGGAGGGUGGUGACGGUGGUGACGGUGGUGAGGGCGAUGGGCGGAAGGAUAGGUUGGUGGUCUGGGGCAGGGUCGAGUAUCCCAGGUUUCGGUUCGGGGGCAGGGAAGGGCAGGGCGUCUGUACGGUUUGUUUCCAGAGGGUUGUUUCUUAG